AUGGCGGGAGAUCGGUGCCGAAGUCGAGACCGCGCUCUUGGGACAGAGAGCCUUUCUGUCUCGGAACUGAGCGCCAAUACACCUCUAGGUUUGCCCUGUGCACCCUCGAAGCCGCCCCGCUUCGCGCUGCCGAGCGGUCAUAAACCCUCGUCAGUUCCUGCAUGCGGACAGUUUGCUCGCUCUGCCGCCUCGGAAGCUUCCGUGCUAGCCACCAAGGAGGCGUGCGCAGACGACUCUUUCUGGCGUCCCCUUGAAACGCCGGACGAGGCUGCGCCUUUGCGAUGUGGAUCGUCUGACCACACAUGUCGCUGCGAAGCAUGCCCGUCUUUCGUCCACAAGGCGAGUCUGUGUGCAGAGGGGGGACAAUCUAUCGAGGGGCGGCAGACAUCUGCUCUCAAUUCUCCAGAGUUCACCCCGCCGUCUGCCUCUCCGUCGUCGAGUAUGUGUUCUGUGGACGACGUCACGAAAGUUGAUUCUCUCGUUUCUGAGAAACGCGGAGCGUUCCAGAGUGUCUCGACCGCUGCCUCUUGCGAUCGCCUCCGCCACCUCGACUCCUCAGUCUUUCACCAGCUGUCAUCCAAGGUUCCUGAUUCAGAAAUCAACGACGUGAUCCCCUCGGAGUGCCCUGACUUCGGCGCAACGGGCUCUGGUACUGGGAGCGAACCACCAUCUUCGUGCAUUCCUGGUGUACGCACACCUGCCGCUCGGGGUACUGAGAGAAGUGCAGCAGUCGCCUCCACGAACGCGGAAGACGGCGGCUUCGAGGGUCUCGGAGAAAAACAAGGUGUUUUGCAAACGGACACGAACGGUUUUUCUCGAAGCGGGGGAAGCCUGCGCCGUUGUACCUCCAAAAAUUGUGGGAAAGAACACGGACCACAGGAACCCACGGAUACCCCGGGGAGCUCGAGCGCCUCUCAGCGUCUUUUCCAGCUUGUCGAGAAACAAGAGGCGAGACAAAGCGAAAUAGCUCUGUCUUCCUCUCCCUCUUGCAGAGCCGCCUCUCUAGUCGAUGGCCGUGACAACGAGGGGGAAACGGCAAGCAACUCGCCGACACGCGUGGUUGUGGGUUCGACCUCGACGGCGCCUUCCCCAAGCAGCCGUAGCUCUUGGCAAAAUGCCUCUUCGUGUUCUGAAGAAGGAAGGAAGAUGCUCACGUCUUCUGCUUCCUCGACACCCCCGUCCCGUGACAGAAGGAUCGUCUUCGUGUAUGCUCUGCUGUUUCUCGAUGUGAUCAUCAUCGGCAGCACGUCGGCUCAGCACUCGUUCAAUCCGGCCUCUCUCAUUGACAAAGUUCUGAUGACGCACGCGUCCUUCCCCUCUGCCGCUCCCAGCCACGUGGAAGGCGACGCCGGGGACCUGCCUUACCACCGCCUUCUUCCUCACUCUGUGAAGAGAGAACUAGGCCUGUCGUGCGUGUGUGGAUGGGCUGCGCUCGUCGUUCUGGGCAUUCUCACGCUCCUCUUCUCCACGAGCUCCAUGCCUCUGCCUCUUCACGCUUCUGCUUAUAGACGGAGACAGCCGACCGAAGGCGCAGACGGCGCGGCCGGCGGUCGAGGGACGCCUGAGUCCGUCGACAGGAGAGGAGGCCCCAAGAAGAGUGGCCAAAAAGCGCGACAGAGCGACGAGACUGAAGAGCGCAGAAACAAGGGGAAGAAAACUGGAGACCGCGGAGACAAGCUCGCAGGAAAAGGCACCGAGAGGAGGGGCGAGGCGGGAGUCGCGGCGGCGGUUGAGAUGAAGUUCAAAGAGUACGAGGAAGUCGUUUUGUCUCAGUAUGGUGAGGCCACGUUGACGCAAGUGAAGAUGCGCACCUUUUUCAUUGCGCUGGCCACGCUCCUGGUGUUCUUCAUCAUGAACUUCAUUCUCCAGAUCAACGUUCAGUGCCACCGAACGAAGCACCAGCUCGGCCGCCUGCAUGCGCUGGCAGCCGAGGCAGCCGAAAACUCGGGGCAGGUCCCAGACGUUCGCGGAGCGCGCGAAACAGGCGACCGGGUACCUGCGGCUCCGCUCGACAACGAUCUGCAUGCGCUGGAUUCUGUGACUCUCGUGAAGGCGCCCUCGCUUCCUGGCGAAGCACGCAGCGCAACGGCGCACUGGCCUGCAGAAAAAGGGACAGAGACUCCCAAGCACUUCCUCUCGUCUCAGGGGGAAGCGCACAUCCGCCUCGCCUCCCUCGCCGCCUCUCUGGUGUCAGCGGCCCUCGUCGCCCAGGACGACAUCGGCGAUAACUCGGGCACGGCUUCGCCGCUGUCGUUUGAGGCUCCGGCUUCGGCGGCACCUGCAGGGAUGCAAGUGGAAAGGGAGGAGGGGGAAAUGCAUGCAGAAGAACGCAGACAGGCGCCACGCAGAGGAGCGGCCGAGAAAGGCGAGAGACCCUACACCGAGGCGUCCCUUGCUUCUUCUCCCUCCGCGGAGGUGAACCAGCGGCCAGGCCUGGAGACGGCGUCGACGCGUCCGUCCACUGCAGACGACGCAGGAGACUCCGAUCUGCAAGAAGCGCCCCGAUCGCCUUCCUACGUGUACUACCGGGAUUUCUGGUUCUGGCACCGACUGGUCGCCAACUGCCUCCGAGAUGCCGAGCUGCAUAUGUCCGUCGCGUGGAUUGCCAUGCACGUGGCAGGAAUCGUCUUUUGCGUGCGCGUCACGCGAGACGUCACAGAUGCUCUCAAGGCCGCUGUCGACGCAUUUCGUCUCUUUUGA